CAACCCCGGCCCCGCCCCUACCUGGUCGGCUCUCCACGUGGGCCGUGCGUCAGCGUGGCCUCAGCCGCUGGCCCCGCCCCUGCCGGAAUUGGGACCUGCGCACAAGAGCCUUAUUGUGUGACUUCAGCGCGCCCGCUGUCCUUUUGUGUCUGAAUCUUUCUCCACAUAUACAGAGACAGAAAAAAGCAACAUUUUUAUGGGGACGCCGUUUUUCACCCCAUUACUCCCAAAGGCACAUAUAAACGGUGGUUUCCACAUGGAGCUUUCCAGUUAGAAGAAUUGAGCUGCAGUGACGGGAGAGAGGAAGCAUGGUUUGCAGUGGGGCCGCCCACUUCCCCGUUGCCUAGUAACUGUUUCCAUGGCAAGCGCGCGGUCUAGACGCUCAGCAACCCCAAGAGGAAUAGAGAGUAUCCUCUUCCCAAGAGAGGACGGCAAAAAGGGGUCAAAGGGGAACUGUGUGAAAGAGAGAAACCUUAGUUCCUUGAGAAGGCAAGCGAGUAGGAAAGGAAAGGGGAUGCAGUGAAGAAAGGAACAGAGAUACUGGUAUUUUCAUUAAAAAAAUAAAAAGUAGUUUUGAGGAGCCGUUUGGUGGCCAUGGAUCCAACAUGCCCUUCUGAGAGCAUUUACAACCUCAUACCCAGUGACUGGAAGGAGCCUCCCCCGCCUCCUAGGUACAUAUCAGUUUUUAAGACAGCUGUGAAAGAGGACAUGAAAAAAGUUAAAACUGCAAUGAAGACUAUGGGGCCACCAAAAGUUGAAGUACCUUCUCCAAAGGAUUUCCUGAAGAAACACUCAAAGGAAAAAGCUGCGCCGCCCAAAAAGAAAUUUGAUCGGUUUGGGACCAAAAAGCCUCCUGUGCCACUGAGGACUGAUCAUCCAGUCAUGGGCGUACAGAGUGGAAAAAACUUUAUCAAUACAAACGCAGCCGAUGUCAUCAUGGGAGUGGCUAAAAAGCCUAAACCAAUUUACGUUGACAAAAGAACUGGAGACAAGCAUGAUCUUGAAAGUUCUGGACUAGUUCCAAAGUACAUCAAUAAAAAGGAUUACGGUGUCACACCUGAAUAUAUAUGUAAGCGAAACGAGGAAGUGAAAAACGCCCAGGAAGAGUAUGAUAAGUACGUCCAGGAAAGCCUCCGGAAAGCAGCCAUGAAAAGGCUCUCCGAUGAAGAGAGGGAAGGAGUGCUGCAGGGGCUAAAAAAGAACUGGGAAGAGGUGCAUAAGGAGUUCCAGUCCCUCUCCGUCUUCAUCGAUUCCUUACCAAAGAAGAUCCGCAAGCAGAGGCUGGAAGAAGAAAUGAAACAACUGGAACAUGACAUUGGUGUCAUUGAAAAGCACAAAAUUAUUUAUAUUGCCAAUAAGUAACAAUGGAUUUUUAAAGGAUAGUAAUUUUAAUAUAGAAAA